AUGAUCCAUAUUCUUGUACGACUAUGGAUACUAGCAACAGCUGUUCAUGCUAGUCAUUACAAAGGUGGCUUAAUUAAUUGGAAACCCGUUGAUCCAUAUACCAAUUCCAGUAGUGUUGAAGUUAUCUUUUAUCAAUCACAUUCAUGGACAUUGAGUCGUCUCAAUUGCGAUCAAGCACUGAUCGAUAAUUUAGGUUUCUAUGCAGAUGGAUCUAUUUUCACCAAUGAACCAUUUAUUGCAUGCCAAUCAACUGGAGGCUGUUCAGGAACAGGAUUUACCCGUAUUUCUUCCAUCACGUAUUGUACUGAUUUUUCUGACGCUGUACAGAUUAGUAGUGGAGCUUUGAUUUCAAGAAGGACUUUGGACCGUAAUACGGACAUUCUAGUUGGAUUUAAUGGAAAUUCUUGGGCUGACGUAAUCAAACAGCCGUCCAACGCUAACGCGAUUUAUUGGCGUGUGAUUACUCAUAUUGAUCUCACACAAAAAUAUCCUAUCAACUCAUCACCAGUUACUGGAUCUCUGCCUCUUAUUCGUGUCAUCGAAGGACAAACAGCCAUUAUUCAGAUUCCAGCAGCUGAUUGGGAUCGAACUGAUGAUAUUCGUUGUCGCUGGGCUAGUAGUUCAGGUCCUGCUGGAAAUGAAUGUGGUGAUAUAUUGAACUCUUCUUUUAUUAGGCUCAUUUAUACUUAUCAACCAGCAUUGGGAGCUUGUAGUGUCAUACCGGCAGUCAUUGGUGAUCGUCCUAAUCGAGCUUGUAUUGGCGUUUUACCUGGUGUACAACAUGUUGAACGUAUUGUUGCUGCUGUUUAUUGUACUGGUGAUUACAUCACUGAAUUCAUCACUAUUUCACCUUUGUAUAUGAAGAAAACAACUAUAACUGCUGUUAGUGGUACUACUAAUCAAUGGUAUAUCACACUUACAUGGACACCAACAACUGAUCAGAUAGGACCUCAAGUAAG